GGUGUGCCAGCUGUCCCCUGCGAAUGGCUGCUCACCUCACCUCUCCCUGCCAAGGGGUGGGGUGCGUGUGGGAAGGUUGGACUAUCUGCCCCAGGCCUCUGGGAGAGACUGCCCUGAUGCCCCGCCCUGCGAACCUGUCAUGCCAGUUGCUUCGCCAAUGGGAAGGGGAGAUGCGGCAAGGUGGGGCACGAAGGCCCUGUGCUGAGCACCCGUAGUCCUCUGGGGUGCCACCCCUAAAAAUAGCACCCCACCAUGUUUAACCUAAUGAAGAAAGACAAGGACAAGGAUGGCACGCGGAAGGAGAAGAAGGAGAAAAAGGAGAAGAAGGAGCGGAUGUCAGCGGCGGAGCUGCGGAGCCUGGAAGAGAUGAGCCUGAGGCGUGGCUUCUUCAACCUGAGCCGCUCCUCCAAGCGUGACUCGAAGACACGCUUGGAAAUCUCCAACCCCAUCCCCAUCAAGGUGGCCAGCAGCUCCGACCUGCACCUGACUGACAUCGACUCCGACAGCAACAGGGGCAGUGUCAUCCUGGACUCGGGCCACCUGAGCACAGCCAGCUCCAGUGAUGACCUCAAGGGUGAGGAAGGCAGCUUACGGGGCUCGGUGCUGCAGCGGGCAGCCAAGUUCGGCUCCCUGGCCAAGCAGAACUCACAGAUGAUUGUCAAGCGCUUCUCCUUCUCCCAGCGCAGCCGGGAUGAGAGCGCCUCAGAAACCUCCACCCCCUCAGAGCACUCUGCCGCCCCGUCUCCACAGGUAGAGGUGAGGACCCUAGAGGGACAGCUGAUGCAGCAUCCCGGCCCAGGCAUCCCUCGACCAGGACCUCGGUCCCGAGCCCCUGAGCUGGUGACUAAAAGGUUCCCGGCUGACCUGCGCUUGCCCCCCGUGGUGCCCCCGCUGCCCCCUGCCCUCCGGGAACUGGAACUGCAGCGACGGCCCACGGGGGACUUUGGCUUCUCCCUGCGACGCACAACCAUGCUGGAUCGGGGCCCCGAGGGCCAGGUCUAUCGGAAGGUGGUUCACUUUGCUGAGCCCGGCGCGGGCACCAAGGACCUGGCCCUGGGGCUGGUGCCGGGUGAUCGUCUGGUGGAGAUUAAUGGGCACAAUGUGGAGAGCAAGUCCAGGGAUGAGAUUGUGGAGAUGAUCCGGCAGUCUGGGGACAGCGUGCAGCUCAAGGUGCAGCCCAUCCCGGAGCUCAGCGAGCUGAGUCGGAGCUGGCUGCGGAGCGGCGAGGGACCCCGCAGGGAGCCAGCCCAUCUGGACCCUGAGGCCGCCUCUCCUGCCCACAGCCAGGUAGGGUACUCCUGCCCCCCUCAGGAGCCCUCCGCUUCCUCUGGUGACCACCUGCCACCCCCGGCCGGUACCUGGGCUGGCGUCUGUGCCCGGGCCUUGUGCUGGAGUGUGAAGACAGAAGAGCAGAUCGCAGCUGAGGAGGCCUGGUAUGAGACAGAGAAGGUGUGGCUGGUCCAUAAGGAUGGCUUCUCACUGGCCACUCAGCUCAAAUCCAAGGAGCUCAGCUUGCCCGAGGGGAAGGUGCGCGUGAAGCUAGACCAUGAUGGAGCCAUCCUGGAUGUGGACGAGGAUGACGUAGAGAAGGCUAAUGCUCCCUCCUGCGACCGUCUGGAGGAUCUGGCCUCGCUGGUGUACCUCAAUGAGUCCAGCGUCCUGCACACGCUGCGCCAGCGCUAUGGCGCCAGCCUGCUGCACACGUACGCCGGCCCCAGCCUGCUGGUCCUCAGCCCCCGGGGGGCCCCCGCUGUGUACUCGGAGAAGGUGAUGCACAUGUUCAAGGGGUGUCGGCGGGAGGACAUGGCCCCCCACAUCUAUGCCGUGGCUCAGACCGCAUACAGGGCAAUGCUGAUGAGCCGUCAGGACCAGUCCAUCAUCCUCCUGGGCAGUAGUGGCAGUGGCAAGACCACCAGCUGCCAGCAUCUGGUGCAAUAUUUGGCCACCAUCGCAGGCACCAGCGGGAAUAAGGUGUUUUCUGUGGACAAGUGGCAGGCUCUGUACACCCUCCUGGAAGCCUUUGGGAACAGCCCCACCAUCAUGAACGGCAACGCCACCCGCUUCUCCCAGAUCCUCUCCCUGGACUUUGACCAAGCCGGCCAGGUGGCCUCAGCCUCCAUUCAGACGAUGCUUCUGGAGAAGCUGCGUGUGGCACGACGCCCAGCCGGUGAGGCCACGUUCAAUAUCUUCUACUACCUGCUGGCCUGCGGGGAUGGUACCCUCAGGACAGAGCUCCACUUGAACCACUUGGCAGAGAACAAUGUGUUUGGGAUUGUACCACUGGCCAAGCCUGAGGAGAAGCAGAAGGCGGCUCAGCAGUUCAGCAAGCUCCAGGCGGCCAUGAAGGUGCUGGGCAUCUCCCCCGACGAGCAGAAAGCCUGCUGGCUCAUCCUGGCUGCCAUCUACCACCUGGGGGCUGCAGGCGCCACCAAAGAAGCUGCCGAAGCUGGGCGCAGGCAGUUUGCCCGCCACGAGUGGGCCCAGAAGGCCGCGUACCUGCUGGGCUGCAGCCUGGAAGAGCUCUCCUCGGCCAUCUUCAAGCACCAGCACCAGGGCGGCACCCUGCAGCGCUCCACCUCCUUCCGCCAGGGUCCCGAGGAGAGCAGCCUGGGGGACGGCACAGGCCCCAAACUGAGUGCACUGGAGUGCUUGGAGGGCAUGGCGUCCGGCCUCUACAGUGAGCUCUUCACGCUUCUCAUCUCCCUGGUGAACAGGGCUCUCAAGUCCAGCCAGCACUCACUCUGCUCUAUGAUGAUUGUGGACACUCCCGGCUUCCAGAACCCUGAGCAGGGUGGGUCGGCCCGCGGGGCCUCCUUUGAGGAGCUGUGCCACAACUACACCCAGGACCGGCUGCAGAGGCUCUUCCACGAGCGCACCUUUGCGCAGGAGUUGGAAAGAUACAAGGAGGAGAACAUCGAGCUGGCGUUUGACGACCUGGAGCCAGCCACAGGUGACUCUGUGGCCGCCGUGGACCAGGCCUCCCAUCAGUCCCUGGUUCGCUCACUGGCCCACACGGAUGAGGCGAAGGGCCUGCUAUGGUUGUUGGAAGAGGAGGUGCUGGUGCCAGGGGCCACUGAGGACGACCUCCUGGAGCGCCUUUUCUCCUACUAUGGCCCCCAGGAAGGUGACCGAAAAGGCCAAAGCCCCCUCCUGCGCAGCAGCAAAGCGCACCAUUUUCUCCUGGGCCACAGCCGUUGCACCAACUGGGUAGAGUACAACACGGCCGGCUGGCUGAGCUACACCAAGCAGAACCCGGCCACCCAGAACGCCCCCCGGCUCCUGCAGGACUCCCAGAAAAAAAUCAUCAGCAACCUGUUUCUGGGCCGGGCGGGCAGCGCCACGGUGCUCUCAGGCUCCAUUGCGGGCCUGGAGGGCGGCUCGCAGUUGGCGCUGCGCCGGGCCACCAGCAUGCGGAAGACCUUCACCACAGGGAUGGCGGCCGUCAAGAAGAAGUCCCUGUGCAUCCAGAUUAGGCUGCAGGUGGACGCCCUCAUUGACACCAUCAAGAAGUCAAAGCUGCAUUUCGUGCAUUGCUUCCUGCCUGUGGCAGAGGGCUGGGUGGGGGAGCCCCGUUCUGCCCACUCCCGCAGAGUCAGCUGCAGCAGUGAGCUGGACCUGCCCCCGGGAGACCACUGUGAGGCCGGGCUCCUGCAGCUGGACGUGCCCCUGCUCCGCGCCCAGCUUCGAGGCUCCCGCCUGCUUGAUGCCGUGCGCAUGUACCGCCAAGGUUACCCUGACCACAUGGUGUUUUCUGAGUUCCGCCGCCGCUUCGACGUCCUGGCCCCGCACCUGACCAAGAAACACGGGCGCAACUACAUUGUGGUGGAUGAAAAGCGGGCGGUGGAGGAGCUGCUGGAGUCCUUGGACCUGGAGCAGAGCAGCUGCUGCAUGGGCCUGAGCCGGGUGUUCUUCCGGGCAGGCACACUGGCACGGCUGGAGGAACAGCGGGAUGAACAAACCAGCAGGAACCUGACCCUGUUCCAGGCAGCCUGCAGGGGCUACCUGGCCCGUCAGCACUUCAAGAAGAAAAAGAUCCAAGACCUGGCCAUUCGCUGUGUGCAGAAGAACAUCAAGAAGAACAAAGGGGUGAAGGACUGGCCCUGGUGGAAGCUCUUCACCACGGUGCGACCCCUCAUUGAGGUACAGCUGUCGGAGGAGCAGAUCCGGAACAAAGACGAAGAGAUCCAGCAGCUGAGGAGCAAGCUUGAGAAGGUGGAGAAGGAGCGGAACGAGCUGCGUCUCAGCAGUGACCGGCUGGAGACCCGGAUCUCAGAGCUGACAUCGGAGCUGACGGAUGAACGUAACACGGGAGAGUCCGCCUCCCAGCUGCUGGACGCGGAGACCGCUGAGAGGCUCCGGGCUGAGAAGGAGAUGAAGGAGCUGCAGACCCAGUAUGAUGCACUGAAGAAGAAAAUGGAGGUGAUGGAAAUGGAAGUGAUGGAGGCCCGUCUCAUCCGGGCAGCUGAGAUCAACGGGGAAGUGGAUGAUGAUGACACAGGUGGCGAGUGGCGCCUGAAGUAUGAGCGAGCGGUGCGGGAGGUGGACUUCACCAAGAAGCGGCUCGAGCAGGAGUUUGAGGACAAGCUGGAGGUGGAGCAGCAGAGCAAAAGGCAGCUGGAGAGGCGGCUUGGAGACCUGCAGGCAGAUAGUGAUGAGAGCCAGCGGGCCCUGCAGCAGCUCAAGAAGAAGUGCCAGCGGCUGGCAGCCGAGCUGCAGGACACCAAGCUGCACCUGGAGGGCCAGCAGGUCCGCAGCCACGAGCUGGAGAAGAAGCAGAGGAGGUUUGACAGUGAGCUCUCACAGGCGCAUGAGGAGGCCCAGCGGGAGAAGCUGCAGCGGGAGAAGCUGCAGCGGGAGAAGGACAUGCUCCUCGCCGAGGCUUUCAGCCUGAAGCAGCAGAUGGAGGAGAAAGACAUGGACAUUGCGGGAUUCACCCAGAAGGUUGUGUCAUUGGAGGCUGAGCUCCAGGACAUUUCUUCCCAAGAGUCCAAGGAUGAGGCCUCUUUGGCCAAGGUCAAGAAACAGCUCCGAGACCUGGAGGCCAAGGUCAAGGAUCAGGAGGAGGAGCUGGAUGAGCAGGCGGGGACCAUCCAGAUGCUGGAGCAGGCCAAGCUGCGGCUCGAGAUGGAGAUGGAGCGGAUGAGGCAGACCCAUUCCAAGGAGAUGGAGAGUCGGGAUGAGGAGGUGGAGGAGUCCCGGCAGUCGUGUCAGAAAAAGUUAAAGCAAAUGGAAGUACAGCUCGAGGAGGAGUAUGAGGACAAGCAGAAGGUGCUGCGGGAAAAGCGGGAGCUGGAGAACAAGGUGGCCACGCUCAGUGACCAGGUGAACCAGCGAGACUUUGAGUCAGAGAAGCGGCUCCGGAAGGACCUGAAACGCACCAAGGCCCUGCUGGCAGAUGCUCAGAUCAUGCUGGACCACCUGAAGAACAACGCACCCAGCAAGAGGGAGAUCGCCCAGCUGAAGAACCAGCUGGAGGAGUCAGAGUUCACCUGUGCAGCAGCCGUGAAAGCGCGCAAAGCAAUGGAGGUGGAGAUCGAAGACCUGCACCUGCAGAUUGACGACAUCGCCAAAGCCAAGACGGCGCUGGAGGAGCAGCUGAGCCGCCUUCAGCGUGAGAAGAAUGAGAUGCAGAGCCGGCUGGAGGAGGAUCAGGAGGACAUGAAUGAGCUGAUGAAGAAGCACAAGGCAGCCGUGGCUCAGGCCUCCCGGGAUCUGGCUCAGAUGAAUGAUCUCCAGGCUCAGCUAGAAGAAGCCAACAAAGAGAAGCAAGAGCUACAGGAGAAGCUACAAGCCCUCCAGAGCCAAGUGGAGUUCCUGGAGCAGUCCACGGUGGACAGGUCCCUGGUGAGCAGGCAGGAAGCUAAGAUCCGGGAGCUGGAGACACGCCUGGAGUUCGAAAGGACCCAAGUGAAGCGGCUAGAGAACCUGGCCGGCCGGCUCAAGGAGAACAUGGAGAAGCUGACUGAGGAACGGGAUCAGCGCACGGCGGCCGAGAACCGGGAGAAGGAGCAGAACAAGCGGCUACAGCGGCAGCUCCGGGACACCAAGGAGGAGAUGGGCGAGCUUGCCAGAAAGGAGGCCGAGGCGAGCCGCAAGAAGCAUGAACUGGAGAUGGAUCUGGAGAGUCUGGAAGCUGCUAACCAGAGCCUGCAGGCUGAUCUGAAACUGGCGUUCAAGCGCAUCGGGGACCUGCAGGCCGCCAUUGAGGACGAGAUGGAGAGUGAUGAGAACGAGGACCUCAUCAACAGUUUGCAGGACAUGGUGACAAAGUAUCAGAAAAGAAAGAAUAAACCCGAGGGGGACUCAGAUGUGGACUCAGAGCUGGAGGACCGGGUCGACGGGGUCAAGUCAUGGUUGUCCAAAAACAAGGGGCCUUCCAAGGCGGCUUCCGAUGAUGGCAGCUUGAAGAGUUCUAGCCCCACCAGCUACUGGAAGUCCCUUGCCCCUGACCGGUCAGAUGAUGAGCACGACCCGCUCGACAGCACCUCCAGGCCCCGAUACUCCCACAACUAUCUGAGUGACAGCGACACAGAGGCCAAGCAGACAGAGACCAACGCAUAGCCCAGGGGAGUGGUGUGCACCCCUCCCACCCACGGGCUACUGCUGCCACGGCACCUCUCCCGGGAAAUGGCGGGGCACGGGUCUCCCCCACCUGACUGCUGAUCUGCAUGGGAAACACCCGACCCUCUACGGUCAGGGGGCUUCCCAGGCUGUGGGUAUCUGACGUUUCCACGUGGAAGAGGUGGAGGGAAGAGCAGUUCUGAAAAGAGAACUUUCUGCUCCUGCCUUGGGCCACCGUGGAUGGCAAGUGGCUUGGCACUGCAUAGAGCCGGCAAGUUGACCUCCAUCUCAGCCCCCUCCCCCCGCUCAGGGACGGUGGACAGAUUGCCUACUGGGACAUUCUCGGGUUGCUGGGUCCAUGGGGAGGAGUUUGGGGUGGGAACAGCAAUUCCUUCCCCAUGACUUGGGGGAGGGCUUUCUCUUCUCAGUGCCUGCUGUCUUACUACUUUUUAAUUUAAAUACCCAACCUCUCCAUCACAGCUGCAUCCCUGAGAGGGGGAGGGGGCUGUGGUGGCAGCUGGCCCGCCUCCCCGCACCGGGAAUGACUAGGGGAACCUCAGCUUCAUCUUUACUCUUAAGAGAGCAGUCCUUUCUCUGUGCAGCUGGAGAGACCCGUGAGCAGAGCUGGGCCCAGGUUCUUAAGAGUCCGUGUGGGGAGGGGCUCUCAGGUGCUUCUGGGUUCGAGCUGAGCAGGCCUACACAGACGGGGGUGCAUCUGUACCAGCCAGAACUUCUAGCCCCUACCCUUCUUUGUCUCAUCAGUGUGUUAAGUGCAAUGACCCAUUGAAGAGUAAACCCAUUCCACCUAAUGCCAAUUCAGGGCUUAUCCAAGCACUGCCUCCCUCCCCCUCUGUCCAAGUUGCCUGGAUCACAAGCUCAGCUUGAGAGGGAAGGCCU